GAAGCGUCCCCACCCCCCCCCCCCCCCCCUCUUUUCUCUGCUCGACAUCGUUCAAACUUUUCUUCGCAAAUCUGUCGAUUCUUCCCCACAUUCCCAGUCUUCUGUGAACGCGUGUAGCCGGCCCCUACUCCUGCAACAUUCGGUAACCAGUUCCAGCAGUGGGCAAAUGAUGAAUUUUGCCAGGCCCCUACCAGUGGGUACUCUUCUUAAGAGGCGUCUUCUUUGCUUGCCACUUCCAUAUCGAAGUGAAAGUUGUUGCUGUAGCUAUUGCAAAGAGAUGACCCCCAAGGGUGAAGGCAUACUUGAGUGGAUUGACGCACUGGAGAGUGCUUCAUUAACAUCUUGCUUGACAAGUUCACAAGGACGCAUACAACAUCUUGGAAAGCCAAGGAGUGGGAACAAAUGAAUAAGGAGCUCGAAGAGCAAUUUCCAAGCACCAUUGUCGGCGAUUCGAAGUUGCAACAGAAACUUCGAAGGAUGAAGACCCUAUAUACGUAGUUCAGCGAGCUGAUUACGCACACUGGGGUCGGCUGGGAUGCGGGAACCAACACCGUAAAGGCGAGUGCUGAUGUGUGGGACAAGUUUAUCAGGGUAUAGUAAUGAUAACCUUUAGUUGUUACUCGUUUCUAUUUGUAUAUUUUCACACAAAGUACUUAUUUUCACACAAAGUACUUCUUACUGCGCAAAUAUUGUGUUUUUUAACAUGCAAAAGCACAAUCACUUCAAGACCUUCCGAGCCAAAGGCUUCAAGCAUUACAAUUCAUUAAAAGAGUUAUUCAGAUCUAAGACAGCAAUAGAUGCGUUACGUAUUUCAUCCACCGACCCACCGAAGAGCCCAGGAACUUAUGCACGCAUUGAAAAGGAGUUCAUAGCAGCAACGACGAGCUCGGGGAAAGAAUCAAUCAAUAUGGAGGAGGGCUCUGGCAAUAGUGAUGACCCGGUUCGUGAGGUUGCGGAGCUAGUCGUUACAACGUCCAGUCGUCGUGUGCUAAAAAGGAGUUCCAACACCGGCUCGCGGUUGCAUGAGUGCCUCGACAUGUUGAAGUGCAGUUUGAAGAGGAGGGAGAAGGAGAAAAACUUUACUCCUCCGAAUUCAAAGAGAAGCAAAACCGUUACGAGCCCCAAGAAACCAGCGAAGAACAGCAUCGAUGAGGCGAUGGAUGUGCUCAAUAACAUGCGUGGAUCCCUUUCCAUAGAAGAGUAUCUCGCCAUCAGUCAUCGACUUUCAAACAAGGAGCACACGCGCUGUAUGUUCAUGUGCUUUGUCGAUGAUGCAAGGCUGCCAUGGGCGCGUAGCCUUAUUGGCCCUUAAACGGGCAUGGUGCAUUGUCUACUGUGUUUGUAUUAUCUUUAUAUUGUUUAUCUGUUAUGAUGUUUACCAAACGCUUGUUUUAUAUUUGUUGAGCGUGCAAUUGCUUUGUUUGGAUUGUU